CUGAAGUGAAAUGAAGUUUGUAGUAUGUCGUACUUUGUUUUCAGGGGCCUGGAAAGUUUGUGCUUGAAAUGUUGAGAGUGAAGAGAAAUGCUGAAGCAAGUACCAGUGAUAGUUUUCAGGACUUAUUUGUUAAUUAAUAUGCAAUCUAAAUCCGCGAAUAUUAAUGGACUUGUGUUUAUGUGGCACACAUAAUAUUAUUUUUCAUGGAACAGCUUAAAGAUGGCUACUAGUGAUUCUUUUUCAACUUUAUCAGUGAUGUAUGUUCUGUGGAAAAUCAAGAAAUUUGUAACAAUUAGGAUGAAUUUACGACGCCCAGGCACAGGACAAGUCCGCGCGUUGGAUGGCGGAGCGCGAUGAGCAUAUUUGGAUGUCUCUUUCCAUGUGCCCCGCAGCCAAGCUGGAGAGGCGCCCUUGAAACUAACCCCUGCAUGUCAGAGCGGAUGGGGGCUAGCGCGUCGGCGUCACAAGGAGCCGAAGGAGGCACAGGACUGGGGUUCAAUCAUGGUCUUGGUUUACCUCCUGGCUUAGAACCUCCUGCUCCUCGGGAAAAGAAGAAGCGAGUUACGGGUUUUGCUACCCUCAAGAAAAAGUUUAUUCGUAGACGAAGGUCUUCGAAAGCAUGCGAUCACGGUCGCAUUCUUCGAGAGUUGGUCUCUGAUUGGAGUCCCUUAGAAGUAGCCGCGUUAUUAGAGGAAUAUGAAGCUCUUCAGGCUCUGAAAGAUCUCUGCGUUCAGGCUGAGUUGGCUCGACCACCUGCUGCUACUUUCAAGCAAGACCUCUCAGCCUUGUACGACUUUAAAUAUUGCACUGAUGCGGAUUUGGUAUAUAGAGGUGUCUGUUUUCCUAUUCACCGAGCCCUUGUUUCUGCAAGAUGCCCCUAUUUUAGGGACCUUCUAGUUGGGUGUCCUGGAUAUGGAGCUAGAAUCUGUUUGGAUCUUCGGUCACCAUCUGUUGAUGUUCAGCUGUUUUCUGCAUUGCUCAGAUACUUAUAUACUGGUGAUAUUUGUCAUCAUAAUGGCAACAUAGACUUGAAUCUCCUUAGAAGACUGCGGGAAGAAUUUGGUUCUCCCAAUCCCCUAGAAAACGACCUGCGAUACCUCUUGGAAUCAGGUGACCACGCUGACGCAGCUCUAGUUUUCACUGAAGGCGCGGAUGGACCUCUAGGUCCUAGACCUGAUUCAGCUGGAUCAGAAUAUGGGUUUAGACCUAGACUUGAACUACCAUGUCAUAGAGCAGUGUUAGCUGCAAGAUCACCUUUCUUUCGUUCUCUUUUAUCCAGACGUGCGAGAAAUCAAGAAGAGAGACAACCUACUAGAAUUGUCUUGGACGAGGGCGUGAUACCUAAAAGAUAUGCUAGAGUUUUACUGCAUGCAGUCUACUUGGAUCAGGUGGAUUUAAGUUUAAUUGCCCGUGGAGGUUGUGGAGGUGGUUUGGGCGAAGCCCAUGCCUUAGCACAUACAGGAAGAGCCAGGCCCUCACCUUUGGAAGAAGCAAUGGAAUUAUAUCAAAUAGGGCGGUUUUUAGAAUUAGAUAUUUUAGCACAAGGUUGUGAGGAUCUCAUUUUGGAAGCAUUAUCCUUGGAUACACUGCCAGUGGUUCUGCAAUGGGCCCGUCAACCACAUGGUUCAGCCUGGGUGCACAGACAAGCCCUCCAUUUUUUGAGAGAAGAAUUCCAGCCUGUUGCGCAGUCAGUAGUUUUGCAUCAACUAGAUAAGGAACACAUAAUUGAAAUACUAAAAAGUCCCUUUCUUCAAGCAAGCGAACUUGAAGUUUUGCAGGCUGUCUUAAAAUGGGGAGAGCAUGAACUUAUUCGUAGAAUGGAAGAUAGAGAGCCAAAUGUAGUGAGUCACACAGCUCAUUCAGUAACAAGAAAAGGUGUGAAGAAACGAGACUUGAGCGACAUCGAAUUGAGAGAAAUUUUGUCAGAUUUACUCCCUUGGGUACGUAUGGAUCACGUGUUACCGCCAAACAGCGAAGUGCUACUUCAAGCUAUUCGUCGCGGCUUAGUGAGUACUCCACCUAGUCACAUGAUUGGAGGAGAACGCGAAAACUUGCGCGUCAAUGCAUGGAUUCGAGGACCAAAGAAUAAUGGACUUUUCGUUCAACCUCGAUUGUUUAUUCCUUAUUAUGAUGAAUUAAAAGUUCUUGUAGAGGAUCAGUUAGUGCAGGAAGCAGAAAUGGUUCAUGGUAGGCGAAUUCGUUGUGGUCCAGAUCCUGAUAUUUCUUAUAUGGCGGAAACUCGAAAUGGAACUUCUGGAGUUGACGUUUUGGGAGGCGCUCCACCUGUACCUGACACGGCUGCUCUGAAUGCUAUGUUGAAGCGAGAGCAGAAAUUGCGACAAGCACCAGGUUGUCAACUUGCUUUAAGCAUGCCCCUCGGUAGUCGGGCUGAAAUUGGUCGUCAGAUCCGAUUGCGAGUUGUACGCGAAUUUAACUUACCAGAUAACGUAGCGGAAGCACUAGAAGCUUACCGUGUUGGCGCGCAGACUGAAGAGACCGCGGCUGCAGGCCGUCGGAGUCCUGCUCGGCGACGUCUCGCUACUCCCCCGCGCCGUAUCGCAGAACCUCCUGAUGGCUGUUUACCUGACGUAGCUAUGGGUCCAUCCUCACUGGGGCCUCCGCCAGCACCUUCUGAAUUACGCUUAGAUUUAGGAGACGGACCUCCGCCUCGCUCUGCCCCGCGUUCUGCUUAUCGAUUGUGUCCUCUGGGACCUCCGUUUGCACCUCCAGCUCCGGUUCCUCGUUUCUUAUAGAAUCGGCCCUCCACGUUUUCGGUAUUCUCGCCAGACACUUGUAUGUUUUUCUAGUAAAGUGUUCAGUGUUCAUAAAAAAAAACUGAUUGGCGAGUACAACUGGAAAUUUUCCAAUGUAUACAAUUGUUCCAAUCGCUUAUUGAGGUUAGAUAUUUGAAAAAAUCUCCUCUGUAUGUUCUGUAUAUAUCUCAAGCAUUCUGUUAUUAUGGUAAAUCUGUGAUUCUCUGAAAAAAAAAAACGUAAUUGAUAAUUUUUAUUCCUUGGAUUAUACGUUGUUACUUUCCAUAUUAAGUGCGGACCAAUAAUUUGUUAAAAUAGUCAUGAUUACUCAUGAUCACAAAAAAAUACGUAUUUUAUGGCAAAAAUCCUACUUUAAAUUUUUCAAUUGAUACAAUAGCACUUCGGCUUUUGACGAUUUAAGAAAUAUAUUCUCACUUAUUAAGCUUAUUGAGUCAUAAUAGUCCUGGAAUUAUCCAGGAUAUGAUAACUAGUCUUCAAAGCAUAUCAAAAUGUCAUGUCAAAAAUCCUGAUCAAUAAAUAAAUAAUAAUGCGACGUACGUUUUCGUAAUCAAAGCACUUUCUGAUACGGUUUUUACCGUUUUAAUACCGUUUUAAUAUUUUACCCAGUUUACCUAUAGGUGAAAUUUUUUAAUUUCUCCAACGUUGCCAAUAAAUACUGCACCGACGUUUCAUUUUUGAAAUUGAACAAAAAUUAUUACUGAUAUGCUUUUGCAGUUGCACCAGUUUCUAUAUUCAAAGAACUCAUUUGAUAUAUUUAUAAAAAGUUAUCGUCAUUUCAUUUCACCCAAAAAAGUGGUCAUUAUGUCUGUGACAAAUGAACAUAAUUUUGCGCUAGUUGCUCAUUAUAACGAAACGACAAAUAAAGUAGAAUUUAAUUUUAUAUUGCUACAGCCAGAUUGAAAUGUCAUUGGGUUUUGGGAAGCCCGAUUUGAAAAAUUACUAAUUCCUGUUGAACAUUGUGUGUUUAUUGGCCAUGUUUGAAAUCUGGAUUAUUUUUGAGGAGCACUUAAAUUCGUCAGCUCAGUGUUUGAAGAUUUAUACACAAAUAAAGAACUGUUUGUGAAAUCUUUCAAUUUUUUUGCAUUAAAUAUUCCAUUAUGACAGGCAGUGGACACAGUAUUUCCUCAAUAAUAAAAUAGGUAUUUUUUUGUAUGAUAAGCCAAUUUACAGUUAAUUCUAUAGUUGUCAAAAGUGGUAACAAGAUAUCCCAAAAAAAAGGGGAGUAAUAAUACUAAUUGAUGGUCCUCAACAGUAUCACUAAGUUACUUAAUGUACAAACAAUGUGACGUAUAAAAAUCUGUGUUAAUCUACCUGUGUCUGUUGUCUUAGAUGUUUCUGUAUUGCUGUUGAACAUGUAUAUAGUCAUUUAGCAAAUUUUGCAAAUGGGUAAUUUUUUAAUUUAUGAUUGUUAAUUUUUUGCCAUUAGUUUUUCAAUAAAAUAUACGAGCCUACAUUUUUUUUUUUGGGUAAAAAUACAAAUUACCUAUAAGUUUUUGCAUUUUUAUGUUUUAUUUGGAAACAGUAACCAAGUUUUGCUAGUGGCCGUCACAUUUAGAAUGUUAUUAUUUUAUAUCUAUAAUUCAUAUGAACACAUUCUAGGACAAUAUUGUACUUAUUACCUUGGCUCUCUUUUUCAGUACAAACAGCUUCCAUGACCAUUUAAAGCAAAUUUUUACCAAAACUACGCAAUUGUAAAAUUUGCUUCUAAAUUACACUGUUUCAACAAUAGGUAUCCCUAAGGUAUUUUUCCUAUUUUGUACAUUGCGUUUCCUCAUUCAUUUUGUAUAGUUUUUCGUCCCAUUUUAUUUAGUUCACCAUGUGUCUAAACGGUCUCAUAAAAACCUAAGAAUUAUUUUACAGAAGAAUUACAGAACCUAAACAUUCACGAAAAAAAUCCUCUGUGUUUAUGUGUUCAUUCAAAAAGUACACUAAUGUGUUAUUUUUUUGAAAUUGAAAUGAAAAGCAAAACUUUUUGUUCUCAUGGCACUAAGGUUAAAUGUUCAUAUUUUAACAAACUAAACGCAAAGUAUGAAGUGGCAACAAAUCCUUAAUACGUGCAAUAUGUACUUACUCCAAUCUUAUGAGUGAUUUUGUAUUUAUUUUUUAGACAUUUUUUUGUUUUACUAUAUUGUUUUCUUACUUCUGAAGUAGGUUUGUAUUUGUUAAUUAAAUAUUUAUUUUUGUGGCGCAAACUGCUUAGAAAUCCAAGAGAUCUUAAUUUUGCAAAAAUUGUAUAGACUAAAAACGUUGUUUUAAAUUUACACAUACAUUUUUUUUCCUGAAAUAUAAGAGUUUAAUUUAUUUGAGGAAUUGAAUUGUUAUUUUUCCAAAGAAGAGGGAGAAUAGGCAUAAACAAAUUAGUUUCAUAGUAUAAAUUAGUAUAAUAUGGAGUAUUGUGGGGAUGAGUGAUCUAAAAAGACUAUUAUAUUAAAAAUAUGAUAUUGUUGUAAGUUUUCUCUUUUUAAAUUAUUCGUUUUUAUUGAGCAUAUUUUGUAGUUUGUUUUAAAAUUGUGUGGGGUUGUGACAGACAACGAAACGAUACGACAAAAAAGCCAAAAGGGCGUUUUUUUCUAAAUGCUCUGCAGUACUCUUUUUUGAUAUUUAGGUUCACCAAUUAUCUGUGAUUUUUGUGUUUGUUGGUUCCAAGUUUCUUUUGUAAUUUUUAUCUUAGGGGAUUGGAUUUUGUGAUAAUGUAUAUCUAUUUGUAAUCUACUUUUCUGACUGUUUAUGCCACUUAUCUAUUCCUUUUUUAGUUGCUGAAUAGUAUUUUUUUUUUUUUUAAUUUUAACAUUGCUUUGGCUUGGGUAAAUAUAAAAUUUUGUAGGAAACUCACCUGUGCACAAUAAUUUCUUAUCUUUUAAAAUACAUAAUUCAUAAUUCACAUUCUGUAUUCUAGUAGGUACUGUACCACUUUUGUGAGGCAUUAUAAUAAAUGAUAUGUUUUAAGUCACAAUCCAGAAAACCUAAAAUUUAGGAGAGGCCAAACUAAACUGUAACCCUUUGAGCAAUAAUUUAAUAUAAUGUGGUGGUAAGAAGUCCUUCACCAUUUUUUUUAUUGGUUGAUUCUCUGCACUUUUAAGAAAACUUUUCAUUUUGAAGUCAAUUUACAAAAUGCAUAGGUACCCCAAUUAUGUAGUUUUUAUUUUAAAUAUAUAUUUUUGAAUUUAGGAGAAGUUUUUUAAUGGUAAUAUUUCUUUGAUUUAAAAAUAUACAAUUGAUAAUAUGUUUUAUAAAUUCGUUUUUUAGUUGUUUACUUUGUGCUCAUAAGCUCUAUGAAAUUUCACGUUUCCAUACAAUAUUUAACUCAUGCCCUAAUUAAAUGACUGAUAGCAUAGUAAUGGAAGUACAUGUCUAAUGUAUAUACGUAUCUGAACAUUUUGAAACCAAAGCAAAAUUCAAUUUAAUUAUUGAGAGUGAUUAAUCAAUCAAAUCAUAUUAAUCAAAUUAGGAAUUUUAUGUUUUGAUGAAUACUCAAGUUAAUUUGUAAACUUACUUUUAUUUCUCUAAACGCACUUAAAUAGAAUUUCAUCUGCCGAUCAAUGCAAUAUUAAAUCUUUUUAAUUAUUAUUUUACUGAACAAAAAAUGGUGUUCUUGUUUUAAGUAUGUUUGUGAAAUGUAAAUUGAUAUUUUAGUAAUUAUUAUUGAAAGAAGCGAGCAGUCAGUGUCUGUUAUACCAAAAUUUUGAAUAGCUGCUUUUUUGUAAGUCAUCAAUAAUUUGUUGCUUGUAGAUGUACAUUUAAUCAUUGUUAAUGCCGUAUAUUAGUUGUAAUUUUAAUAACUUAUUUAUCCUUGUAAAUAAAAUAUUACCUAUUAUUG